AUAACAGAUGAAGAGUACCAACAUGCCCUAAAUGUAUGGAAUGAGUUUCAUUGUAAAAAUAUACGAGAUUAUCAUGAUUUAUAUCUCAAGUCUGAUGUUUUACUGUUAGCAGAUGUAUUUGAGAAGUUUAGAGCAACUUGUCUCCACCAUUACAAACUUGAUCCUGCCCAUUAUUACACUUAUCCUGGAUUAGCUUGGAAUGCAUGUCUCAAAGAAACCGGUCAAGAAUUAAAACUGUUGCAUGAUUACGAUAUGUUAAUAAUGUUUGAACGUGGAAUACGGGGAGGAAUAUCACACAUAUCAAAGCGAUAUGCUGAAGCUAAUAACAAAUAUAUGGAUAAUUAUGAUCCCAAUAAACCAUCUUAUAUUCAAUACCUCGAUGCAAAUAAUCUUUAUGGAUGGGCAAUGUCUCAAUCACUUCCAACAGUUGGGUUUAAAUGGAUGAAAAACCUUACAGUAGAUUCUGUUAUAAAAAUUUUAGAAAAAGGGAGGGGUUAUAGGGGAGGCGUAGGCACGGUAGGUUCCCCUGGAUAUAUAUUCGAAGUAGAUUUGGAAUAUCCAACUGAGUUGUGGGAUCAGCAUAAUGAUUAUCCUCUUGCACCUGAACGAAUAAAGAUUGAUGGUGUUGAAAAACUAAUUUGUCAUUUUAAACCAAGAAAAAAUUAUGUUGUACAUUACCAAAAUUUAAGACAAUAUCUUGAAAUGGGAAUGAUACUAACUGCUGUUCACAAAGGAAUAUCAUUUAAACAGUCUCCUUGGAUGGAACCUUACAUAAGAAAAAAUACAGAACUUUGA